AGUUGUUUGCAAACAGAAACAUUUCUCGAAUUUCCACUACAUUAUGGUGAGUUUGUGCUUCUUAUAUCUUCUAAAAAAUUUUCUGACUUAGAAAAUAAUCGCUGCUUGUAAUUCGAAGUGAAAUUAUAUAUCUGUUCAUUCAAUUCAUUUUCCAUUUUUUCACCGUAUGUAGUGGGAGUUUCUUCAACGUGUAAUGGUGCACCGGAAAUUGGUUUAAUUUCCUAAUUUUUUUUUUACCGAUGGUUUAUAGAGUGAUUCUCUAAUUCCUUUUGGCGAUUGCAUUAGAAUUUUAUUAGUAAAGCAUAAAAAGAAUGCAAUUCAGUUAAAAAAAAAAUAGCCCCCUUUGUAAAAAUAAAGAGUAGCUUUUUUGAAUUAAAUAGAGCUGAAAUUUGGUCCCCCUUGUGGUGUUUUGCUUUGUGGGAUGUUACUAAUAUAUAUUUUUUUUUAAUUAUACAAAAGGUGAGGGGAGGGGAAAUUGGGGACGGAGAGGGGAUUACAAGGUGGGGAAUCGAGUCCUCCGCCAAUAAGGUGGAAGUUCAGUUGCCAAACAACUAAGCGCGUGUGUACUUUUUUACUAGUUGUUACUGUUUUGAUUGCGUGAGUGCACUUCUUAUUUUGUGGGAAAUAUGAAAUGAUUCUGGUCCAGUUUGGAGACAGUAUAUUGCUCCUUUCAAAGAUGAUGUUAUGGUACCAGCUAGUGCAGUGUUCAAUGUAAUUAAGAUUGUGAAGGUGGAGGAGUCGACAAGUUGGAUCCUUUCAUUGCUGCUCAAGCUUCAUUGCAAAGUCUUAACAUCUGUGGAGUCUUUGUGUAUCGAUAUUGCUGUAUUGUAGGUCCAUUGAGUUUCCUAGUGAUGAAUUGUGUGUGGACAUCUUGAGAGUGUUGAAAGCUGAUCUGCCUGUUCUGUAUAGCAGGUAAACUCCACACUUGAGCGCAAGUUAUUGUUGGCAGGAUUCUUGGACACACAGUUAUCUGGAGCUGGCCGCUCUUUUGUGCCAAAUCUUUUCAGCAUAUAGUUACAUGUUAUUUGGGGCCCCAGGUGAAGGUUUUCUGCAUUGACGUCCCCUGCGACUGUUUAUGUCAGAAGACAUGAAGAGGACUUACACCAUUACAAUGAUAGGCUGCCUUUUUAAGUCAUGAGCUGAUGUUACAUGGCCCUUCAUUAUGCUUGAUUUUGGAUGCAUUACUGAUUACCAGAGGCAAAAUCUGUCAGCCUAGUUUGUUACUUUUCAGAGCGUAUGCCACUUUUGUGUAUGCACUGUACAGCCGUUUCAUGCCGGUAAUUGCUGUUAUUUUAUAUGAAUUCUUCGUUUGCAGUGACAUCUGUAUAGAACUGAUUGAUAUGGGCGUGAGUACAUUAGAUGAACUCUUCAAAAUACACUAACAAUUAGCUAAAAGAAACUUGACUUACCCAUGCCGAAUACUUACAAACACCUGUAUUGACUCGUACAACAUAGAUUUGCAUUCUUUUGGAUCCGCACUCUAGCCAUUUCUUUCUGGAAAUUAGCCACCAUGUGCAAAAUUGUUGAGAGCCACACCUUUGACUCCUUUGUUUAGUUUAAUAUUAAAGUGCUUCCAGCUCUCCUGGGCAAGAAGCUGUGUGCUGCUAUCAAUUUCUCUAUUUACUGAAAAGAAACAGAAAAAAAAACAUGUAAUUUUGUGUUUCAGGAUAUCUCACCGAUCACAACUUAUAUAGUUGUAUUUACAUCUUUUCAUCAUGUAAGAUGAGCGCCUAAAAAUCGCAGAUCAAGAACCUUGUACAAUAUCAUUACUAUUUAUGUUGCUGGAGUUUAUUUUAAUGGAAGUCUGAAAUCAAUAUUUAUAAUUAAUUUCUUAUAGUUGUGAGUUGCCGCGAUGAUAACAUGAAUCGCCUGCUUUUACCUUUAUGCUAAAUAUAGUUGUUUUAUGUUUGAUCUAUGAGUUUGUGACAACUUUUGACUUCCCUUAUUUGUGGAAUUGGUUGCAUUACACAUUUCCUAUAGUACAGUCUUUUGUUAUUUUCCUUUCAAAAUUUCUUCUUAGAUUCUCGAGGCUAGAACAAAUGGAUUCAGAUAUUACAAAUGAUAUAAUUCGAUAAGAUGAUCUCCAUGACUCAAUGUGUUAGGAUUGUGAACCAAUCUCACAUUGAUAAUUGAACUUGAAGGGAAAAAGAAGUUUAGGUAUAGAGAUAUUCUUAAAUGGUAUCAGACCUGUUGUGAAAAAAUGUGUUGCCGGUCCAAGCGAAUAGUGUCACAGUUGUUAAGAGUGUCUUUGUGCUGGUAUGAGGUCCAAUAAACUGGUAUCAUAGCCAAUGGUCCACUGGAGCGAGCAUGAAGAUAUGGCAGAUGUGCGUACCCGGUUGUUUGGAACACUUGGACCCGUUGGAGAUGCGCAUGAGGAGAAGUCUGUGGGAUAUGGUAAGCACAAAACUUGACAAUGUGAGGUGGCACAUACUGAAUUUCCAGAUUAACCUGUCAGUUUUGGUGGUUGGCUAUGUGGUUCUAGGUUUGAGGAACCCUUCUAGUGAUGAUGGGACAAGCAGGAUUUAGUUCGAGGGAAGAUUUGACGGGAAUGCGAACAAUGUCUGUCACACCAUUUAAAAAUAUCCCUAUAUCUUAUAUAUAACUUCUUUUUCUUUUCUACUAUCAAUGUGAGACUUUAUUCGCAACUCAAUAUAUACUGUCAUUUCGCUUAUGAGAUUUCUCUUUUAGUGUUGGGAAGAGAGACGAUACACCCUUCUUCUCCCCUCACCCCCGGAUGGAUAGGUAUGAGAGCUUGUACUUAUUAGAGGGAAGCUUUGACAGUAGGACAUUAUUUUGUCGAAGUCACAAGAGUGUGAGUUAAUGUAGAUAAACUCUUUGGAAAAUGUACAACUACUACAGCUGUUCAAAACACCCAUCUUCUGUCUCACGCUCUUUAGUUCAUGCUUAUCAACAUUCAAUUUUUCCAGGACUGACGUCAGGAUUUAGUUCACCUUUCUUGUUUAAUACAUUCCAAAUUCCAUCCACUCAGAAUAAAAAGAAAGUAACGAAUUUGGAAGGUAGUAUAGGAAGUGGAAAAGUUAGAAAAGAAAAUUUCCUAAAACGGAAGAAAACCUAGAGAAGUAUUCUCAGCUGUAAAAUCCUGUCCGUUCCACCUUUGCAUGGGAACAAAAAGAAAAUGCAUGCAUAAGCAUCCAUGAUAAUUGCAACUACAAACAUGAUCAUUGAUUGCUUUUGACAAGUACUAGUGAACUUCCCAUGUACAUAGACACUUAGGAGUCUAUAAAUACUACCCCUAAACCAUAUUAAAACAACUCAAAACUCAUUUCUCUUCCAAAUCAGUCCCAUUUCCCCAAAUGUCACACUGUUCUGCAGAAAAGAAGACCAUGAAAAUCAGCCAAGCAACUUCCAGAAAAGGUUGCAUGCGAGGCAAAGGUGGCCCUGAAAAUGCUAGCUGCACCUACAAGGGCGUUCGGCAGCGUACAUGGGGAAAAUGGGUAGCAGAAAUCCGUGAACCCAACCGUGGCCCUCGCCUCUGGCUCGGUACUUUUGAGACUUCUCAUGAUGCUGCUAUGGCUUAUGAUGCUGUUGCACAUAAACUUUAUGGUGAUAAUGCCAAGCUCAAUUUUCCUCAUAUGAACACCAAAAGCCAAGCCCAAAAUUCAACUGGCUCUAGCAGCUCGACAUACAGUACUGGAGUUCCAGAGACUGUGAAAAUGGAGAAUGAAUCAUUGUUCUUCAACAAUGAUUUCGAAAGCAGCUGCUAUUCCGGGGGGCAAGCUUCAUUUCCAUUACCGGACAACAAAAAAGUUGAAGAGGAUAACAAUGAUGAAGGUGUAGGAGUUGGUGGAAUGUGGGAAGAUUUGAAUGUGAACUUGCCGGAGAUUGAUGACUCCUCCAUCUGGGCAGAGGCAAAAGCCACAACUUUGUUCCAGGCGGUGAAUGAACCAGGAAUGUUUUCUGGCAACUUAGGCGAUGGGAUUGAAUAUCCUCCUUGGUAUUCAUAAGCUUUAAAAAAUUCACGCAUAAAUGCAUUUGUACAUGUAUAGGUAUUAGCUAAGCUGUCAUUUAGUUGUGUACUGGAAACUUAAAGGUUUGCUAUCUAAGGUCCUUAGUGAUGUGAUCUUGUUUGGUGUGUUUGUAAGUAAAGGGAUGAAUAAAUGUUAGACUACUGUGUUAAGCAAAUUAAGAGAAAAAAGUAGAAAACAGAAGAAUAUUUAUAUAUGACUAGAUCUACAAUUUAGUAGUUUGCCCGUGUCUUCUUACUCUCCUUUUCUUGGAUCUUUUUAGCUCAUGCACAAGCUAUGCUCUUUCUUAAGAGAAACUAUCUUAAAUAACCUACAUUUGUGCUAAGAAAGUUAACAGUGCUCUAAACAUUGGUGUUUAUAUCAGCACUGUUGCUAAAUUAUAUGUCUGACUAAGAUCAGUGUUGCUCAAGUAUAUCGAUGUGCAUUGUAUUAUGACCUCUGUUUGUGUAACUUCAUUGGUUUUGGCUAAGACCAGUGUUUCUUUUCUCUCUUUUUAAAUAGGUUGGGGAUGAGAGAGGGCUUAUGAAUUAUCACAUUGAUUAUGUAGUAUAUACUCUGUUUCAUUUUUUCUGUCUUUGCUAGAAAUGUCUUCUGUAAAUAUGACUGAUUACUCCUUGUCAAUAUGGUAUCAAAGUCUUAACCUUUCUCCUUUUGCUUUUAAACUAUUGAUUCCUCAUUUGUCAUCAACUUCUAUUUCUUGCGCAAUUCUCUUUUUGCUUUUAAACUAUUGAUUCCUUAUUUGUCAUCAGUUUCUCCUAUUUCUUGUGCAAUUGUUUUUUAUAUUUUUGAUUGACAGUUGAGAUAUCUUAUUUUCUUGUUGUUGCUACUGUUUGAGCCGAGGGUCUAUCGGAAGCAUCGUCUAUACGUUCACAAGGUAGGGGUAAGGCCUGCAUAUACAUUACCCUCUCCAGACUUCAACUGGGUUUAUUGUUGUUGUUGAUUGACAGUUCAGACAAACUCUACCGACCUAAUCGGAGAGGUGUUUAAGGCAAUCGAUCUAAUAGUUCAUCAUUAUGAAUGUUGAAGGACUAGGAAGAAUAUUUAGCUUUGGAAGAGGGUAGGGAAGAAAGAAUGAUGUAUUAUGGUUUUUGCCUUAUUAAACCUGGCAGUAUAUUGAGCAUGAAUCCAUGAUUGUGAGAUGCCUUCACUCUUACUCUUUUUCCUUUUAAACUUUGAUUCCUGAUUUACUACAUUAUCUGACUAUCAUUUUCUCCUA